AUGGUGAAACUCGCGCUGUUUUUCAAGGCUGAACUCGAAAACGUAACUGACGUUGGGCCGGGGGACGAAGGUGACAUUUGGCACUUUAAGGUCAAGUGUACGCACUGUAACGAGCCAAACGAAAAUUGGGUUGGCGUCAGCCAGCUGGCUCAAAAUGAAAUAGCCGGUUCACGAGGAAUUGCGAAUUUUGUGAUGAAUUGUAAAUUUUGCGGCCGACAAGAAAUCGAUCAGACAUCUGUUAAGCCGUACACCAUCGAGAAUAGUGGUAAAUUCGCUCAAAUUGCAGUUAUCGAGUGUAGAGGAUUGGAGAUUACUGAUUUCGAUCCCAUGACCGGAUUCAAAGCUAAAGGCGUCGAUAGCGGAACUAUCUUUGAAAGUAUCGAUUUGACGGAAGGUGAUUGGGCAGAGUACGAUGAAAAGGCUGAAGUUCCUGUUAGAAUUUCCGACAUAAAAUCCAAGUUCAAACGCGCUUAG